AUGCAACUGAAACAUAAAAUAGCUAGUGAAGAACAUUCAAUUACAAUCAAACUUUUUUAUCAAUAUUUAUAUGAAGAAAAUCAAUUUUAUAAUAAUAUAUCUCGAUAUUUAUCAUCAAAAAUGCCUGAAAUUGAACAAAGAUUAGAAAAUGAUGAUUUAAUUCUAUUAUUUGGUUAUGAUCUUAUAAAACAGUGUUCAAAAAGAAAAGAUACAUUAAUUGCUUAUCCAAUUGAAAUAUGUAUUCGUCUAUUAGAAAAUAGUUUAAAUGAAGAAAGUUUUUUUCGUAUUGGACCAUGUUAG